GCUUUAUGGGUAGUCAUGAAAGCACGAAAAGUGCGACUGCUUUGAAAUGGUCGACAUGAGACUUCCGUGCGGGACAAAGAAAACAUCCGCUCUGUCGAACUUCGCCUAAAUGAUCAACACUAGCACUCGACUAAGCUCAUUCUUGUAAGCGUGUAGUGUUCUGUGUAUUUUGAGCUGAUAACCCUGUCAGUGUAGGCUGCUGUAAUUAUACACUCUGUAUGUAUAUCUGACUUAAAAACAACCAACUUCAAGGCGUGGACUGAAAACGAACUUCCCGACAUUCCAGCAUUAGCAGCAUGUCUGAACCAGUAUCCUGUUAAAUCCUACUCCCCUGUGUGUUGGAGUGAUUAGUGCAUGAAUCUGGUUUGUGGUCACAAAGUCGACGUGCUGCUUGUCUCCAUGGAUACAGCCAGACCUUUUGCCCAGAAGCCUACCAAGAUACUUUUUCCGUUGUGCCCAUGUUAAAGGACUGAGCAAUUUUGGUUUUGUACAACAGAGCUAAACUGUGUGGAGUAGCUAUUCACCAUGUGGAGUUGCACCUGGCUCUGGCUGGGUGUGUGUGUGGUGCUACUGGACACAUGCCUGGCACAUAGCUUGUUCACCUGUGAACCGGUGCAGGUGCAGUGGUGUCACAACAUGCCGUACAACAUGACCUUCUUCCCUAACAUGCUUGAGCACUACGACCAGGACAUUGCUGCUAGCAAGAUGAAGCACUUCAUGCCCCUGGUUAGUCUACACUGCUCGCCAGAUGUGCAUUUGUUCCUGUGCCAGGCCUUUGUUCCAGAGUGUACACAGCAGACACGAGUGCGUCAGCCCUGUCGAGAGCAUUGUGUGCGCGUCCUUUCUGACUGUACACAAGACAUGUCCACCUUUGACAUCACUUGGCCACUGGAGCUAUCUUGUGACAGGCUAAAGCCCUGUCACACCUCUGCAGAUGAAUCUACUGACCUGCCCCAAAAAGACAUAACAACACCCAAAGCAUCUUCAUCAGCCAGUAGAGAUUUGGGCUUCUGGUGUCCCUUACAGCUGAAGACCCAUCCUGGUCAGGGCUCCUCCUUCCUGGGUGCUCAGGACUGCGCUCCUCCGUGUGGCAACAUGUACUUCAAAACACAUGAGAUAGAGUUUGCCAAGACAUUUAUUGGCAUCUGCUCUAUUGUUUGCUUGUGUGCUACACUAUUUACUUUCUUUACCUUCCUCAUCAAUGUCAAGCGUUUCCGCUACCCAGAGCGACCAAUCGUCUUCUAUGCCAUCUGCUACAGCUUUGUGUCUCUCAUCUACUUUAUCGGAUUCCUGCUGGGUAAUGAGGCGGCAUGUAACAAGCCCAGCAUGCCCAGCUCUGUAUCCACAGUGGUGCAGGGGAGCCAGAGCAAAGUCUGUACACUGCUCUUCAUGAUGCUCUACUUUUUCUUCACUGCUGGCAUGGUCUGGUGGGUCAUUCUCACAAUCACCUGGUUUCUUGCAGCAAGGCCCAAGUGGAGCUGUGAGGCCAUCGAGAAGAAGGCAGUGUGGUUCCAUGCAGUGGGUUGGGGCCUCCCAGGGAGCCUUACUGUCAUUCUGCUGGCCCUCAAUAAGGUGGAGGGGGAUGGUAUCAGUGGUGUGUGCUUUGUUGGCCUAUAUGACCUGACAGCCCUGAGAUGGUUCGUGCUGGCUCCGCAGGCUCUUGGUGUCCUAGCUGGACUCUCACUCCUCCUUGCUGGCAUUGUUUCACUUAACCAUGUGCGACAAGUGAUCCAGCAUGAUGAGCGCAACCAGGAGAAGCUGAAGAAGUUCAUGAUACGCAUAGGGGUGUUCAGUGGCCUGUACUUGGUUCCUCUGCUCACACUGCUGGCCUGCUACCUGUAUGAGCAGGCCCUGCGGAGCAGCUGGGAGAACACGUGGAUCAAUGAACACUGUCAGGAGUAUAGCAUCCCCUGCCCCUACAGAAAAAUUGAUGCUGCUCGUCCAGACCUAUCUCUGUUCCUGAUUAAAUACCUGAUGAAACUUGUAGUGGGUAUCUCAGCUGUUUUUUGGGUUAGCAGUAAGAAGACCUGGUCAGAGUGGGCCUACUUUUUCAACAGAACACGCAAGAAAGACCCUAUCAGUGAGAGUCGUCGUGUCUUGCAGGAGUCUUGCGAAUUCUUCCUGAAGCACAACAGCCGUGUGCAGCAUAAGAAAAAGCACUACAAGUCCAGCUCACACAAACUCAAGGUCAUCUCCAAGUCCAUGGGCACCAACACCAGUGCUCAGACAACCAACACCACUAACCACGACUUACCUUUCACCACUAGCAACUACUACAAGGGAACACCUGGUUCAGGGUCUGAGAUGCGGGGUUCGUCUAAAUCAUCUGUACAGGAGCAGGCUGCCUCAGGAAAGGUGUCUAGCCAGAGCAGCAAGGAGCAAAAGAGCAGCAAAACUGGCAGUUCCAUUAGAGUCAGUGGCAAUGGGGAGCCUCUGCAGAGCCCCUAAUAUGAGUGAUGUGUUUGAACAGAAGGGGUGUCAAACAUGCAGCCUGCAGGCCAGGACUGGCCUAGUAAAGGUUCUUAUCCAGCCCUACAAAUAAACCCCCAUAAAAUCCCCAAUUAAAAUGACAUAAAAUGACAUAAAAUCCCCAGUCAAGCCCAUUUCAGUUCCAAGUUAUAACACUACCAAACUGGGGGAAAUGUUCAAGGGGCGAAUACUUUUGUGAUUGGCUGAGUCGCGUUAUAAGCCACUGUAAAAUUUAAUUCCGUAUUAUUGCGUUGUUAAAAAACUGUUACAUUUAAGCCAUUGUUCUGUCUAUAGAAUGCUCUAAUCUUCCCCUUUAGGUUAAGCUUGCCAUAAACAGACUACACGAUUUUGGUGAACAAUUUUUUUUUGCGUAUAUUAUUAAUAAUAAAUUAUUUAUUGAACACUGGAUUUUAUAAAUUGUUUUUGUUGCCAUUUUAUGGAAGCCACACAAGGGCGUGCCUUAAAGUAAUUUUAUCAUGGGUAAGGGGGUUUUAUUCUGCUUCAUGCUGUGCCUAAGAACACGCUUUCCUGUGAUAAAAUCACUGAAAUGUGAUUAUUAUCAUGGCUUAUAGUUAAUAAGCACAGGCUCUAAUAUAUUAUAUGUUGAUGGCCUAAGUGUAAUGUGGCCUGAUGAGUUUGACACCCCUGGAUCAAAUCCUGCAAUCCCUUAUUAGUUUGUUUUACACUGUUUUCAGGAUAUAGGUUAUGUGUUGACAAACUUGCCAUUCAAGUCACAUUUACUUUGGCCACAAGACACUGCAGCCAUCAUAACCAGUGCAAUCUUCCCAAGAAUGCCAUCUUAACUGUCUUUGUGCUUCAUUUGAAGUAUGAUGCCAAAAUAAGGUGCAGCAGCCCAUUGUUUGUUCUCAUUUCAAAAGCACCAUUAUCUGUUCUGCCCUCAGGCCAGGGACAGGUCCAGUUCAUGAGAACUAUGCACACACUGCACACAACUGUUCAUUUUACCUCCAGAUCCCAUCAGGCCAAAUCUGUUGUCUGAAUCCUGAAAUAUGUUGCAAUGAAUUUUUCAUGUUCAUGGUUACCACACAUCCUGAAAAACCUGAAAUAUUGUAAUCUAGUAUUUCAGUCAUGGAAAACACCUGGAAAAUGAGAAAUUUGGUCAAAUGUUCUGGAAAUAUUACUGAGAUGCUGGAUGAGUGUAAACUUGAAUUAUUAGUCCACUGUUAUAUAGAGGUGAUUUGUCUUUUGUUCAUUUGUUUGUUUUUUGGUACUGUUUGUUUUUUCUGAGUCAACUCCUACAUGCAGAAGUUACACUGGAUAAAUAGCACAGUUUUUUCUGUGGCAUAAUUAUGAUGCAAGUGGACUGGAAGGGUAUUAACACUGUUGAGUUCAAGUAGUUCUUUGUCAGACAUUUAGUUCACAGCUUUUACUGUAUGUUCAUGUAAACAUUUCCCCUUCUUAACUAACCUGUAGAAAAAGAAUAUUGCAUUUGUUAUAGCUUUGCAUUUUAAAUUCUAAGUAUUACUUAAAUACUUAUUACUUAAAUAGUUUUAAGUUAUAUGUCUAACACAUUGCAUAUAUAUUUCCUGUUUUUUUAAGAUGAAAUCAAAAAAGGCACAGUGUUUUUCAACAACAAUCAUAUUUUUUACUCAAAAAACCAUUAUGUUUUUAAUAGGAGUAUAAGUAGUGUGGACAUUUCUAAGUUGUGUUUUUGUAAACUAAAACACUGGAUGCAAUACACCCUGGAUGGGAUGCAAGUCCAUUGCUGGGCAUCACACACACUAGCAAACUAAUUCACACCUAGGAGCAAUUUAGAAUUGCGAAUCCAUCUACUGGCACUAUUUUGGGAGGUGUGAGGAACUUGAAAUGUGAAACAAUGCACAGACAGUAACAGGACCUCAGCAUCUUUAACGCAGCAACACUACUUGGUGCGCCACAUAACACAACCUCUGUUUUCUCUUGUAAUCAGCGAAUUAUUACGAGGCUAGUUUUUAUUUCAAAUAGCUCAAAUAGAUUUUUUUUAUCUGUACCUUGUUUCUGGUAUCUCUAUGACGUUACAGUAGUCAUUUCAGAAAUGCCACUGAUUUUUUUUUAUCAGAGCAAGUUUAUAAUUGUCUGCUCUCUCAUAUGCUUUCAAUUCUGUUUCUGAGUACAUGUUAAAUGAUCUGAUAAACACUUUAUUAAU